GAUCUUUGAUGAUAUAUUAUUAUUGUGCUCGAGUAUAGUAGCUACAAACAACUAACUAUUUUGCACGAAUCAUAUUGGCAACAUUACCGAGUUUCAUCACAUCUUGCUAGAAUCAUUUUGUCCGUUCCAGAGUGAAAAUCCAAAACAUCCACAAAUCAUCCAUUUAUCUGCUUGUCCUUAGCUCAACUUCCUUUAAUAACAUAACUUGAAAAGUCAACCACAUCUUGCAGCAGUCCUUGUAACUGCAUCAUAUCAUCAUGCUUGACGAGAACCUCCCUACCUUCUUCUUUAAAGCAUCAACCGAUACUCCUCUCUCAACCCCCAUCUUCCUACGACAAGAUGGCUCCGACCUCCAACCCGAAUACUUGCUCCGCCGACCCGAUACCAAUCUGCCAGCCUCGAAAAACUGCUACGCAGUAGCCCUUUACGAUUCUUGUAACCCUGAAGUCCUCUAUGCAGAGGUACUAGUCCAGCCCGAAUGGACCCAACCUAGUCUUUCCCAAGCCGAAAUUCGUGCUCAAAAUGGCAUUCCUCCUCCUCCAGUACCAAUCGUUCCACAGAGCUUCACUGUCCAAUUAUACAAUCCUGAUCAGCAAGUAUUGGUGAAACAGAUACCCAGUUCCUGGAAUAGUUCGGCGUAUUGGGAAUUUGAUAUGCCCCAGAUUAGUUUCCGUGCUCCUUCUGCCUCGGCCCUUGAUAGAAGUCAGAGUGAUCCCGCAAUGUCAGAUUUUACACCCAAGGUUGCGUUUAAGUGGAAGAGAGAUGGGAAGUUCUCUAAAGAUUUGUCAUGUUUUCUGGUUGGGGAAACUGCAGAAGGUAGAAGAAAUAAGGAGCCAGAUAUACCAAUUGCCAUGUUUAAAGGCGGGAAAGACCUUACAAUUUAUGAACCCAAUAUGCAUCGAGUUGAUGUGGAAGAUUUCAAGGGUUUAGAAGUAGUCCUUUUAUUAUCGGCUCCAGUUAUCAAGGAUAUAUUCUUCAAUCCCACUCGCGAAAUGUUCAAUAUAAGUUCACCAAAUACAAAUCCAGGCCCAUCCCGAAAACGGAAUAAUAGCGGUCCUGUUAUCCGCGAAAAUGGUAGAACGGCAAUCUCCCCCGUAAUGGCCGGAGGUCUCAUAACCAAUCCCCCACCUCGUCGUACCUCAUAUCCUCUCCCACCGGGACCUUCCCUCCCCUCAACCGUAAAUCCCCGCACGCAAUGGGAAAUCGAUACCGAAACCGCGCGCCUAAAAGCGCUAGUCGAAGCCGAAGAACGAGAACGCCAACAUCUUGAAUUAAUAGAAGAGCAACGUAUCAAAAAAAUGUUAGAAGAAGAAGAAAAAGAACAGAGGAGAAGAGAUGCCGAAAUCGCAAAGGAAACAGAACGCUUGAGAAAACAAUAUGGUAUUACACCUACACCUGUUAAUGGAUCAGUCCCCGGAAGUUCAAGACAGAGAAUUCAAUUUGCACCGCAGCAAGUGCCGCUAAGGCCUACUAUUACUACUACGACUUCUAGUGCGCAGCCGCCGCCUAAAUCGAGACCGUUGAGUAUGGGUCCUUCGAAUUUUUCUUUGUCGAAUGGUUGGUUUGGGGGUUCGUCGUCUUCGCAGCCGAAACCGCAGAAACAGCAGCAGCAGGGUCAAGGCCACAGUCAAAGUCAAAGUCCGUAUUUGCAAGCGCCUGGUAAUGGGGCGGCGAGCUCGAGUGGAUUUUUUGGUGGUAAGAAAAUGCAGAAGAAGAGGAGUGUUUUCUUUUAGGGGUGAGUGGUGAGUGGUGAGAGUUGGAUGGGUUGGAUGGGUUUUUGAGAGGGAAAGGGAGGGGGGAUAUUGAUUAUUGGUGUUUGUUUGUGUGUAUA